AUGUCACCAGUCGAUAUUUCAUUUAUUCAUUCUGAGCUCGUUGACAGGGAGGAAGUUGCUCGUGUAUGUGCAACUACCCUUCCUGUUCGUAAAAGCAAGUACAGUCCUCUGGUAGAGAAAGCGGUCCUCGAGUUCCAGCAGCAGUGGCAGGAAGAGGUCGGAUUUGCGUACUGUGGUGCAACUUCGCCGCAGGGCCCUGUCACUGUCUUCUUUCCUCCUGAAACUAAACAAGAUCGUGUUGAGAUCUUUGCCAAGCUCAUUGAGUAUUUCUUCGCUUAUGACGACGUUCUCACUGCCCCAGGAAGUGCCAAGACUGGCGAAGAGCAGUCAUCAGACUCUAUUGGAUGGGAAGUGCGCAAAGGAACGACGAGUCGCGUUCGAAUCAGCGCAAUGAAACAGAUCCAAUCCGAAGUGUUCUUGCGUCUUCUCGAGAUCGACAGAAAACGCGGGAACCUCAUUCUUCGAGCUAUCAACGAUUUAUCUCGAGUCCACGGAACGAUCGGCUCGCGUGACCUCAGAACCUGGGACGACUUAGUGCAGUAUCGGGCCGACGAUUAUGGGGCAGAGCUCAAUAUCAUGUCGAUUAUCUACUGCUGCGAGCUGGACCUGACGCAGGGUGAUAUCCAGGCGUUAAAAGAAAUUUGGUCGCCUGCGACUGCUGCAGCGGCGCUGGUUAAUGAUCUGUAUAGCUUCAAUAGGGAGGUGAUUUUGGAACCCGACACAGAUACGGAUACGACUAUCACAACACCAAACUCUGUCUGGUAUCUGAUGAAAACACUGAACUUGAGUGUCUCGCAGGCAAAAGAAUUCCUGGUGAAAGACAAGAUAUUGCCCUUGGAAAGAGAGUUCAUUGCCAAAAAGGCCGAGUACCUGGCCAACAUGAAUCCGCUGACACCCAAGUCAGGCGAUAUUAUUUAUUUCCUGGAAAUGGUUGGUUUAGGUUUGUCUGGAAACUGGUAUUGGCAUGCUAUUGCUGAUCGCUUCCAUCGAUGGGCUGAAUUGCUCCAACUGCCGCCUGCUAAGUUAUUCGAUUAUGAUGAGGCCACAGCAACCUGUGCUACCUUUUUGAACACCCAAUCUUUGAGGGGCAGGAAAAAUCGGAUCCUGGAGUCCACUGAGAGUCUGCAGGCAAUGACAGAUGACCCAUACUAUAAGGUACUUCAUCAGCCGAUUGAUUAUCUUCGGAGCGUACCAUCGAAGAACAUAAGAGGCACCAUCAUCCAAGCGUUGAAUCUAUGGCUCAACGCACCGGAAUCGGCAGCAGCUCAGGUGGAAGACUUGAUCGGACAUCUUCACGAGUCAUCGCUACUACUUGAUGACAUCCAGGAUAGCUCAGAGCUCAGACGCGGUCGGCCAUCUGCCUAUCGCGUCUUUGGGGUACCACAAACCAUCAAUGCUGCAACCCAUGCACUUACACUUGCGUUUGAGAAGGUUGUCCCACUGAUGAAGCCAGACAGCUCACACGUAUUUUUCGACGAGCUGCGCAACCUUCAUGUUGGACAAGCGAUGGACCUCUACUGGACACGCUCUGGAUAUCGCCCUUCGAUUGCAGAAUACCUGGAAAUGAAUCGGUUGAAAACCGGGGCGCUGUUUUGCCUCGCGAGCAAUCUAUUAUCUAACCAAGGGUCAUUUUCAGCUGGAGCUAUCAAGCAAACUGAUCUAAACGAUCUUAUGAUCUCUCUGGGUCAAUAUUUCCAGGCUCGAGACGACUAUAUUAAUCUGGCAUCAACCAAGUAUCAAGAGCAAAAGGGUUUCGCUCAGGAUCUCGACGAAGGCAAAUUGUCGCUUCCAUUGAUUCACCUUUUGACACAGUCGCCGAACGCGGCACUGAUCGAGAAUAUCCAGCAGGAACGAGCGAGGAACAACAAGCUGCCAGCUGAUCUGAAACAGCUGAUCUUGGAUGAAAUGCGUGAUCAGAAAAUAAUGCAGCUCACCGAAGAGACACUGAAUGGUUUAGAGGCCAAGGUGUACCGAUACCUGGAAAGACUGGAAGUUUCCGCUGGGAUCAAGAACUUUACGUUCCGGUUCUUGCUGGAUAGAUUGAGGGAGAUGUGA